UUUUGGGCACAUAAACAGUCCCUUUUUAGAAUUACAGCUAUGGCAGAAAAAAGUCUCUUUGAGAACCAAAAAGUGAUCAAUGAAGAGAAGAAGAGAAAAGAAUACAACAUUACUCUUCAUAUCAUCAAAUACUAUUAGUUGGUGAAGGAGAUUUCUCUUUUUCUCUCUGUUUAGCUCACUCUUUUGGCAACGCUUCUAAUAUUGUUGCUUCCUCUUUACAAUCAUAUGAUGAGGUGAUCAAAAUGUACAAGAAUGGAAAAUCAAACUUAGAAAAGUUGAAAUCUUUGGGAGGAAGUUAUCUUGCAUGGUGUGGAUGCAACUAAAAUGCAGCAUCAUCCUGCUCUCAGUAACUGGAAAUUUCGAUCGGAUAAUUUAUAACUUUCCUCAUGCAGGGUUUCAUGGCAAAUGCACAGGAAUCUUGUGAGAAGUUUUCUUUGGAGUGCAAAAAACAUGUUGCGACUCGAUGGUCAAAUUCAUGUUGCCCAUAAAACGACUCCUACAUACCACCGUUGGGAUCUUGUUGGACUUGGAAUAGAAAACUCCUUGAGUUGUAUUGAAUGUGCAGAAUUCAGGGCUGAAAAUUACCCUGGUUACAACAACAAAAUGGGAGAUGGUCCAAAAUGUGAUGAGCCUUUUCAUCUGGGUGAGUGCCAGACCUUCAUGUUUAUACUCGACCUGUCUCGUAAGAAUGUGCCAAUGACAAAACAAAAGAAACGCAAUUUACAUGAGCCAUCUCAGAAACUUCAAAAAGUUCCCAAACACAAUUUAUAUGCACCACCUCAGAAAUUUCAAAAAGUUCCCAACUCCAUAAGUCCUCCUAUUUACUCCUUCCAGCAGCCACUAAGUUGGAUUGGCCGGAGAAAUUCUCCAACUUAUGUUAGUGACAAGAAUGGUUUUCUGAGUUAUGCGGGUUUACCUGCAACGCAUGACAAUAAAAGUGAAUGUGUUAGGGUCUUUAAGCCGUAUUUCAGUUAUAUUCAAGAAAAUUUUGGAAGAAGAGAGGAAAUUGGUGUUGAAGUUUCAGUUCGUCAAGCUCUGCAGCAUGCUUCUUUGAUGUACAGGGCUAAGAUCGAGAGGCCCCCGGGAGCUUACUUGAAACUUUUGAAAGAGCUUCAUUUUCUGAGCCUGUCCAGAAUUUCGAGGUUACGACAGAAGCUUCAAGAUCCCGAUCGAAGACUGUGGUGAGCAACAUGGUACAAAAGUAUAAAUUAUGUGUCUAAAGCGAAUUAGUAGACAUGAAUAUGCAAGUAUCUGUUGUUGACUAACUAUUAUUCCCCAUGUCUGUCUCUUUGUUUUACUGAAAGAACUUAAUCGCAGACGAAUGUUUUGUAAAGUUAAGAUUGAAAUAUGUGUAACAAAGUUUAAAAUGCUCUUGAAAUUUGAUUAGGCAAUAUGCUGUGAUACUCUUUGUAGUUUGAUGUGUUCUGAUACAUUCUAAGUGGUGUUUCCAAGAAUAAAACUUGGCUUAAUUGGUAAGA